UGUAAACACAAACCACGUGACUGGCUGUCAAGGGCUUUGCAGCACUGGAGCAAAACACGGCGUUGGUAGUUAGGAAGUUACUGGGAGUAGCUGUGCGAGUAUGUAACCUUACGAUAGUUGGAUACGGACUUGCAGAAAGUGAUAAGAAGGCAGCAACAGCAUUCAUGGAUAUUGUGGACACCUUGAAUCAUUUAAUACCCAGUGACCAGUUGGAUGAUUCCCUAAUAAUAGGUCAAAAUAUAGAUUGUGAAGCUACUAAUGACUUUGGGACAGAACUCAUCCUUGAUGAUUCACUGAAGAAUAUGCUUAGUGACAAAGAUCCCAUGUUUGGAUGUGCAAGCUCUCAGUUUAAUCUGCUGGACACUGAGGACUCUGCAUUUCCUGUUUCUACCACUACUGGUCUUGAUGAAACUUUGGUGCCAGCAGGUCUUGAAGGUGAACUAACAUCUGAAGAGUCUACACAAGUUAAAAGUGGUGCUGGCAGGCCUAAGAAACAUCCAGGUGAUUCAGCAUGUGAAAACGAUGGUGAGCCUGAACCUGCCAACACAUCUGUAAAAAAAAUUCCUCGUGGAAGGCCGGGAAGGAAACCAGUUAAUAGAGUACAAAGGUCUUUUCUGAUUGAAAAAGGAGUUACGGGUGCUCAGCUGAAGAAGGAGUUAACAGAAGGAGGACGUAUCAAUGUCAAUGAUCUUCGUGGAGGAUCAUGGUUGAAUCCUACAGUUGUAUUGAGACGAUUGACAGUCACAAUCGGUGGUUUUAGGAUUGAGCUCCUUCCUGGACCCUCUUAUUCACAAAAUGAUGACACAACCCAGUCUGCAUCCUUUGAUGAUGGCAUGUCAUAUGAUGCUAAUGUAGGUUUUACUGCGUUGACGGAAGAUACAGUCACUGUACAGAACCCCAUACCUGGUAAUACGACAGUGGUGGAUGUCAUUGAGAAGAACACGACUGAUGAUUUAACUCUUGGUCUGGGUCCUUAUGUAAAUCCUAAUGAUGUGCAGGCCUCUAAUGGAACAUUAAAAAGAAUCCCCGGCACACAAGAAACAAAGGUCGACAAUCAUAAUGUUCCCAAGGAGCAGAAUUCACUCAUUGAAGCAAAGGCAGACAACAAGCAGUCGCAGAUUAAAGACAAUAAAACUACAGUAAGUGAAACUGAGGUCAAGGAGAAGCAGCAUAUUCUGUCCAAAAAUCUUGACAAGUCCAAACAAGAAUCCACGUUAAACAGGAAUAAAGACUUGGACACAAAGAAACCGAGCUCUGUAACUAAGGAAAAUAUUGGUUCUCCAAACACACUGUUAAAAAACGUCCAAAUUGGUGACCUGCACAAAAUGAAAUCACCAAAAGAAAAGAAAGACAUCAGGCCUUUGAAAAGGCCAGCUGAAAACUCCCAAGGUGAGCACGCUGGUAAAGUGCAGAAAAUACAAAGCUCAGGUGACGGUAAAGUCAAACCAAAAUUACCAAAUUCACCAAGUUCUCUAGUGAAAAAGAGCCCAGUAGGUGCCAACUGUGUUGGUGAUCACCAAACACCAGGCAAACAUGCUGGGUCUAAAGGUGAAACUGAUGAUCCGGCGCCCAGUCGACCAGCCCACACAUCAAAGACACCUGAAGAAGGAGGGCAGGAAAAGUCGAAAGUGAAAAAGACCGAAAAGAUUCAUCAAAGACAGAAAAGUAAAAGUGCACGAAGCAUCUCUGUAGAGGAGCCACAGCUGUUUAUUCCAGAUAAUGCUCCUGCUGCAAAGAAGGAAGCAGCUGAGGAUCAACCUGCUUACAGUGAGACUAUAUGGGAUGGAAACAACUCGUGUGGUCUGUGUAAGAAGCCUCACAAUAACAUGUUCAUGGUUGGCUGUGGUCGCUGUGAUGACUGGUUCCACGGUGACUGUGUGGGUCUGGACCUGACCAAAGUUCGGGAGAUGGAGGAGCAGGACCAGAUGUAUGUCUGCUUAAAGUGCUGUGAAGAAGAGAGUAAUAAACAGGAGCCCGAGUCCUCGAGUGCAACCAAACCAGACAAGAUUGAGGCUCAAGAUCACAAGCUACCUUCUCAACCCAGACCGGGACCCUCCCAGGCCCAUUCAUCUGGGGGGGACAGAACAGUAAGAAAGGACCCUGACAGAAGACUGUCUUCAGAUGUGAAAGAUGCAUUUUACAAACAAGGCUCUCAUACAAAACACGAGACAAAAAGUAAAUCUUCAGCUUCAAAGAAACCUGUAUCUGUAGAGGCCAUCAGGAGGAGUGUGCGUGACUCCCUCAAAGAAAUCCUUACACAGAGGUUAAAGGAGUCAGAUUUAAAUAUCUCGACAGACAGGGCUUCUGAAGUUGCAAAGAAGACAGAGAGAGAACUUUUUCACCUGUACAAAGACACUGAUAACAAAUACAAGAACAAGUACAGAAGUUUAAUGUUUAAUCUCAAGGAUUCCAAAAAUAAUGUUCUGUUCCGGAGAGUUUUAAAAGGAGAAAUUUCACCUACAAAUCUGAUUCGAAUGAGUCCUGAGGAACUGGCCUCUAAGGAGUUGGCUGCCUGGCGACAGAGAGAGAACAGACACACUAUUGAAAUGAUAGAAAAGGAGCAGAGAGAGGUUGAGAGACGACCCAUCACAAAGAUCACGCACAAGGGUGAGAUUGAAAUUGAAAGCCAGGAACCAGUGAAAGCGCCGGAGCCUGCAGACCUGGAGCCUUUGCCCAAAGUCACAGAAGAGCCAGCAGAACCUCCAAAAUCACCCGAGAAGAAAACAGAGAGUACAAAAACAGAGAAAGACACCACCAGCCAACACAAGUCUCAUUUGUUUGACCUAUGCUGCAAAAUUUGCACAGGUCGUAUGGUGGCCCCAGCAGAGGAAGCACCCACCAAAGUGGUCAAAGUGGCAACUACAGUUGUCAGAAGGCAGUCCACUAAAACAGAGGAGACCAAAACCUCGACACCACCUGCAGAAGAAGAUGAACUACCCCUCAAUGUUUUGGAGGAGAGCUUAAAAAAUGCCCAGACCAGCUAUGAAACAAAGUCAGAGCAUGUUGCUGGACGAGAUGAAGAAGCUUCUUUCCUCUCCAACCUGACGUCACUGUGGCGAGGAUUCAUUCACAUGCACAAUGUGGCAAAACUUGUGACAAAAGCUUUUCCAGUUUCUGGCAUUUUGGAUAAUUUGACUCAGGAUCUUCAAGGCAGCAUUCAGGUCGGUGGAAGGAUAAACCCACAGAUGGUCUGGGACUACUUGGAGAAAAUUCGGGCAAGUGGAACAAAGGAAGUUUGCCUGAUUCGCUUCUCACCCGAGACUGAUGAAGACGAGAUUUCCUACACUCUCCUGUAUGCCUACUUCAGCAGCCGUAAGCGUUUCGGUGUGGUCUCCAAUAAUCUCAAACAAGUGAAGGACAUGUACCUUAUCCCGCUGGGUGCCACAGAAAAAGUUCCACAUCAGCUCGUUCCCUUUGAUGGACCAGGUUUAGAGAACAACCGUGCCAACCUUCUCCUUGGCCUCAUAAUACGCCAGAGACCAAAAAGGGAUUUCAUCACAGUGGAUGUGAAUGAAACUGGGUGCGUGGCCCCUGAAAUCAAGCCCAUCACCAUUUCAUCCAUCACUAAGGAAACUAGAGCACCACAGGAGACUGAGAACUUUUUCCUCUCUGCUUUGAUUACUACUCAUAAAAAAGAGAAAGCUGAAGCACUUAACACUACUGAUGAGCCUGUAGCAGAGGCGUUUGAGGGACCAUCUGUUCUGGAAGAGACCAGCAAUCAGGAAGCACCAAAACCUCUGCGUUUUCUUCCAGGUGUGUUAGUAGGCUGGGGAGGGGAGCUGCCACCUCUGCCAGAUGUUGGAAAAACAUCUUCAAUGCCGGUAGAGAACCCCUCCAAAACUCAAUCCCCUCCCAAAUCAGAUGCUUUUACUCGGUGCCCUGUAACUCCUGCAGCUGCCGCUCCUCGAGAUCGCUUUGUCAUCAAGAAGAAGGAGAACAAACCUGCUAAGGCUGACCUGGAGAUUUCCAGUCCAACUCGUGCAUCUGCAGUGAACGUCCCAUCGGUGAAAGAUGCUGUGGCGGUGACCCCUCCUGCACAGAUUUCUCUCAAAGAUAAACCCCCAGAUGUAUCCACUGAAGCCUUCCUGGCAAGCCUGUCAGAAUCUCCAUGCGAGAGGGAAAGUAGCCGCACUGACUCUAACAAAGGCCAAGUUGAUGUUCCUUCUGAAAUUGAAAAAGAUGCAUCUGGUGGGAAUUCUUUGCCUCAUUUAAAACCUCAGGCUGCGAUGGAGCAGAUCAACAUCUCCGCCCCUCCUGUAAGUGGGAUAUUGAAAAAAACAUCGACACCCCCCAAUGCAGAAAAUACAGUGGUGCUACAACAGGCUAAAAGCAGUCCUCCAGCACCUAUUCCUGUCUUGAGCAACACCAAAAAUGAUCCAGUUACACCAUUUCACCAGGGAUAUUUGCAGCUUUUCCAGGCCAAGAACAAACAGGAGGAAGAAAGCCAAACAGUGACUCAGACGUCUCAGACAAAAGGGAAACAAGACCAGGAACAACCUGAUGGUGCAGGAACGCCACCUGCAGCACAGUGGCCCCCACCAGCUCAGCCUGCCACCACACUCAACAGUGCAGCUUCUCCAGCGUCUCAACAGCCUCAGGUACUUGGCAGCUGCGAUUACUCAUCUAAUCCUCCAACCCACACUUUGUCUGCACCAAACACCCAGAAUCAGGACCAGAUACGGUCCGGUGCUUCAGAAAAAACUUCACAUGUACCUGCACCACCUGGAUUGGACUCGCUGCAUCCAGAGAGUUCCUCUGAGCUAUCGAAACAACCGCAACAAUCGUCCUUGCCUAGACACCACAAGCGUCCCGAAGAGCACUACUGGGACCCCUGGGAGAGGCCGCGGACAGAACGGAACACGGAGGACAGGGAUCACCAAGGGAAGCACAGCUACCACAGGGACUCUCACCAUGAGAAGAAGAGCCGACACCAGGAGCGUGAGCGGGAGAAAAAGCACGAGCGUGGCUACGAUGACAAGUACAGAGAGAAGAGCAGGCACCACGGACACUCGGAGGACCGCUACAGUGAGAAGAGGAAAGAGAGGCACAACAGUGGCGAUCACAGCGGCCGGCACAAGGACAGACACAGACACAGGAGGGACUCUGAUUAUGAGAAUGGACGCAGAAGUUCAAAAGACAGUUAUUCAUAAUUGUUUUUAUUUUAAUAUUAGUGCGAAAAAAGACUGCUGUCUGCUUGUUUAUUUUAUAGACUAUAUUGCAGCUUGAAGGCCAUUUAUGUUAUAUACAGCCAAAAUGAGGUCAUUUCAGUAGGACUGAAGAAGAUAAGACACUUCAGACCAAGAGAAAACUCUCAAUGACAUUUUUUAACUUUUUAAUGUUUUUAUUAUACGUGUUAUCUUUGUAUUAAACUGCUGUGACAACUGCAACGUAUCAAGUUAAUAUUUCAGUCUUGUAACAAGUGAUUUGAUUUAAAAAAGGAAA